AUGAGUGGUGCAUCGAAACCAAAAGAUGGUUUGGCGAAUACUGACUUUUCGCAGUCAGUUGAAACAAGCUUUCCCCAAGCGACAGAGACGAAGGUUUACUACUAUCUUGACGAUGAUACCACUCCUUUCGUAUCAAUAUUACCAGUACCUCCAGAGUUAGCCACCCUAAAAGACUUCAAGAAAGUUUUCACCAAGAAGGGCUUCAAGUACUUCUGUAAAGGACUGGAUGCUGACAUCAAAAGGGAAGUCAAAAUUGAGCUCGUUGAUGAUUCUGCACUUUUGAAACGAUCGUCGAAUGGCUUGUUCGAGAUAUUCUUACAUAGCUGUGGUGGUGUAGGAGUGGCACGUUCUGGAACUCUUCCAAGAAGAGGACAAGCUGAUUAUAUGUGCGAUCUUGACGUUUUGGACAAGGACGUGCUGGUGAACAUCUCGCCGAACUAUACACUUCAAACUCUGAGAAUUUCUACAAGUAUGAAGAGUCAGCUAGGUAUCCCUCUUUGCGCCAAUGGUGCGUAUAAUGACGUUGGUAAAGUACGAAGAAGGAAACCUAGGAAAGAACGUUUUAGGAAGGCCUAUGUGCCAAGUACUAUCAGCUCUAUUACUGAGAGCAGCAUGACUAGCUUGUCCCUUCCUCGUAUUCUGGAAGUUAAUCUAUCAAUGAGAACAACGCCUUACCUUGGUAUUUCUGUUGGUAGUUUUCAAGGAAGCAUACUGGUUAGCGAGAUAUUGCCAGAUGGUGCAGUUGCUAAAGAUGGUCGGAUAGAAGUUGGCGACCAAAUAGUACAGGUGAACAACCGCUCGUUCGAAAACCUCACAGAAGCACAAGCUGUUCGUUUACUUAGAGAAGUUGCCGCUGCAAAAAAGUGGGUUACACAUCCUGACUUUUUUUUAGCCUUACUGUUUGUUCGUCAGUGUGUUCGAUUCGUAGAAGGCAAAGCGCCACUUGUUUUAUUUGUUGCGAAGUAUUCACGUGGUAACGAUUAUGACCCAUUAUCGUCAUUGGCGUCGGAGACUUUACCACUUGAUGUCUCACUCUGGGUACAAACUGCUGCGUACGUUCUUCAGUAUCAUAAUUAUAGAAUUUUUACUGACGAACGUGCGUUGUAUGCGCAAAGACGACAUGGUAUACCUCAUCAUAAUAUCGAGGAACUAGAAAGACGGAGGGAAAAUGAGCAGAAUGAACAUAAAGCCGCUCAACGCCUCUCAGUAGCCAUGGAUCCUGUUGUGAUUUUAAGAGCACUAGCACGACCAGAUUCUGGACUGCAAGUAAAGAACAGAAAGUGGUUGAAAAUCCUAGUUCCGAUGUCCUUCAUAGGUCGGGAUCUCGUUGACUGGCUUCUUGAACACGUCGAAGAUUUAAGCGACAGAAAAGCUGCUCGACAAUAUGCAGCUGAACUUCUUAGAGCAGGACUUAUUCGACAUGUAGUCAGCAAAUUAACAUUUACGGAAAAGUGUUACUAUGUGUUUGGCGACGCAAUUGUUGGAGUUCGUGGAGGAGCCGAUAGCACACAAAAUAGUGGUGGAACACUAAAGGUUGAAGCUACUACGGAAGUAACAUACGUAGGAUCUCCAGCUCCUACAGGUCAGAGAGAUGUUCUUUAUGACUUUGUAAGUAGACCGUGA